AAAUAUGCAUUAUCCUGCUGAUGUUGUACGGUAACGUGGGAAACUGUGAAGAGCGGUUGAUGAGCAUCUCCUGGAGCCGCUCACGUCUCCGACAGGUGUGCGCGCCGGUGGGCACAGCGGACCGAGCUGUUGCGCGAAGUGCGGCAUCCCGGGUGCUCGUCCAACUACUUGGACCAAACGCCGAGCGCUUCUAGCAUGUGGACCUGGGACGGAUGCAACAGAGAGCCCAAACCAUGAGGAGGAGCCGACUCCGCGCAAAUAUGGGACUUCUCGUGCUUUUCAGAUGGCUCGUUUUCACAGCGGUGGUGCCUGCCUGGCUGCUCGCUGAUCCGAGCGGCAGCCGUGAGCGUACCUGCCUCCCGAGCUGUAGAUGUGAUGGGAAAAUAAUAUACUGUGAAUCCAAUGCCUUCCGUGACGUGCCAAGCAACGUGUCUGUCGGCACACAGGGUCUCUCCCUGCGUUACAACAGCCUGAUGACCCUCAGAGCCCACCAGUUUGCCGGCCUGAGCCAACUGGUUUGGCUAUACCUCGACCACAAUUACAUCGGCGACAUGGACGGCCAGGCCUUUCACGGGAUACGAAGGCUCAAAGAACUGAUUCUCAGCUCGAAUAAAAUCACAAAAAUUAAAAACAACACUUUUCACGACGUUCCGAAUUUGCGUAAUCUCGACCUGUCCUACAAUAAGCUGCAGGUUCUCCAGCCUAAUCAGUUUGUGGGUCUACGGAAACUACUCAGUUUACAUCUGAGGUCAAACUCGUUAAAAACGGUCCCGAUGAAGGUUUUCCUCGAUUGUCGCAACCUGGAGUUUCUUGAUAUUGGCUACAACAGGCUACGGAGCCUCACGCGCAACGCCUUUGCAGGACUUCUCAAACUCACCGAGCUUCAUCUGGAGCACAACCAGUUCUCCAAGAUAAACUUUGCUCAUUUCCCUCGCCUGACCAACCUGCGGGCGCUCUACUUGCAAUGGAACCGUGUUAAAACGCUAACCCAGGGCCUUCCUUGGAUGUGGACCUCCUUGCAAAAACUGGACCUAUCUGGAAAUGAGCUCCAAGUGUUGGAACCGAGUACCUUUCAAUGCCUCCCGAACCUUCAGACUCUCAACCUGGACUCCAACAAGCUCAGCAACGUGUCUCAGCAGACCGCGGAGGCUUGGAUUUCCCUCACCACCAUCAGCCUGGCUGCCAAUCUGUGGUACUGUAACCCCAACGUGUGUCCACUGGUGGCCUGGCUCAAGGCCUUCAAGGGUAACAAAGAGUCUGCCAUGAUCUGCGCUGGCCCCAAGGAGGCCCAAGGAGAGAAAGUAACAGACGUGGUGGAGACUUACAACAUCUGUGCAGUGACACCGGCCCCCAACCCGUCGACGACAGCGCCCCUCACCUCUUCAUUUAACCUCGAGCUGCCCCCCCUCACCACGCAGUCCGUGGUGGACGAGAAGCUCACCUGGAACAGGACAGCGUCCCUUACUCCUUCCUUGGCCUCCCCCACCGUCCCUUUGCCAGACACUGAGUAUGUGUCCUUCCAUAAGAUCAUAGCCGGCAGCAUGGCCCUGCUCCUAUCUGUGGCUGUAAUUCUACUGGUGAUCUACGUCUCCUGGAAGCGUUAUCCCAGCAGCAUGAAACAGCUUCAGCAGCGCUCGGCGGUUAAAAAGCGGCAGAAAAACACUCGGGAGACCGAGCGCUCCCUUAAUUCACCACUGCAAGAAUACUAUGUGGACUACAAGCCUUCACACUCAGAGACUAUGGAUGUGCUGGUUAAUGGGACAGGACCUUACACAUACACCAUCUCAGGCUCCAGGGAAUGCGAGACACCGAGGCAGCCGGGCGCUCUGACGUUGUGCAGGUAUGAGCAGUCGGUUCUGGACUACCGCCAAGCCCACCUGUCGCUGCACCGCAACCCGGGCACGGAGCACCGCAACCCGGGCACGGAGCACCGCAACCCGGGCACGGAGCACCGCACUCGGGCGCCGGGAGGGCCGCCGCCAGCCAAGUACCGCCCGGUCAUAAUGGCCCCCCGUCCCCUCAGAGACUGUGCUGCCUCGCCCCCAGACCCACUCCCACCCCCACUGAGCUGCACACACCGGGAGGCUCUGUGUCCAAACUACUGUACGUCUGCAGCACAGAAUCAAUGGACUGGUCAGUUGAACACAAAGUUAUAUGUCGGGAGGGAACUGGAACUGGUGAAGAGGCCAAGGAGACAGAGCAGCCGGGAUCCAGAGUAAUGAAAAUGCAAAUAUAUUUCUGUGGAAAUAAAGGAGUGCAGUAGUAUUGAUGAGUGAGCUUCUGACCCCUCCUGAUCCCUCAAUGACCUCAAUUAGCCGAGGAGGCCGAGCAGCACCACGACUUUUCACGUUCUGCUCUGCCUCUCGAGGAGUACUAAGGCAAAUAAUUUAAUGAUUUGUUAAUCUUAUUAAACAUAUUUCCUCUACUGCUCCUCUUCUGGGCCCCUCUCAGCUGCGUCAGGUAAAGUAAUCAAAUGCCAAAUGCUAUUAACAGAGCAUAAUAAGCAAUUGAGUGGCAGAACAAAUGAAAGAUCAGCCAAGCUUAAAGAUUUUCUGCCGCUUUUUCUGAUCACACUGUCAAUCAGAGCUCUCUCGCUAACUCACGUCCCUGUGGCCUUUUUUUACCUCAAGAAAUGAGCCACUCAAACUAAAUUACCCAAGACGAGAGAAACAAGUCUGAAAAUAACAGUAAUUGUCAUAUAAAAUGUACUGCUGACUUAUCUUGCCAGCGGUAAGCAUAAUUGAUAUGCUUAAUUUUGACUUCUGUUAUGCUUUGGGAUGUUGCUCACGUUAUUAUUAAUUUAAUGAGAAAUAAGCGGACGCGAAAUAAACACCAGAUCUCGGCGCACUGGGAUGGUUGGAUAUUUACUUUUCAAAAUCCAUUUAAAAUAACUCUCAUAGUUAAUAAGGUUUUCAAUUUUUGAAAUGUGUCCUUCAACCGAUUAUCUGAUUGUGCACUCAUAUAUCUACAUGUGUGUGCUUUUUACGGAUGUUAUAUUAUAAUAUGUGGUAAACAUACUGUGGUAAAUGACCAGGGAACAGUGUUAUUCAUCAGGAUCAGAGCGAUUACACUGACCAACUGUCUGCUGUAUUUAAACAGUUGCGUAGGUGGCUGACACCGAAGAGCACAGCGCUUCAGGCAAGACUGAUUAAUACUUUUCUGUGUCAGUUUUUCGCCUUGGUGAUCAAGACCCUGAUGGUAACUUUCCGUUGCUUUGCUCUCCUCCUGUGACUGUGUGUGUGACCGUUAUAUCUGAAGUAUAUAUUCAACUCUUUCUCUCUCAGUCCCUCGAGGACUUGUAUGUUGAUUCUAGGAAAACUUGUGUACAAAACGAUACCCAAUUAAGAUCCCUGGCAUUAAUAAACAGCAGCUCUGUGUUCUUCAUACACAAGUAUUGUGCCGUGAAACUGGGCAAAGCUAAAUGUAAUAUAAUUGGAACGUCUGUCGGAUGGGAAUUGACCGUUAGUUAAACAAUGACCCCGAACACAAAUUGUCCGGUCACAGUUAAGCAACCAUGAAAAGGUGCUGCAGGCCUGUCAAGCUAAGUAAAUUGUCCCUGGUUUCAUGAUGCUGUGCUGGAACAGCGAGCUCGACAGGCAUAACGGUAACUGGGGCUUACCGAGCGGUCCAUUCUAUUUUGCUGAGUGGCUUUUUACAAUAUUGAUCAAACUAAAUGCUUUUAAACAUUUAAAAAUAAAUGAAAUUGUCCGUAGAAAGUUUAUAUAUUUAUUAAAUUUUGUUUUUUAUUGAAAUGUUAUAUCCCCUGUAUUUCCUCGUGAGGGAGGGGACACAAUGUGUCCAGAGAUGUACAAUAUUCUGUCAUAUUUCAAGAUCAUUAUCAAACCUUUGUCCAUCUCUUGUCCUGCAACAGCUGUAAUCUGAAUAUUUCAAUGCUGAUUCUAUAAAAGCAGUCAUCCAACCCCAUUAUUACAAAUGAAUGACACAGUGAUUGUGUAGAACUGCACACUUUUCAAUGAUUCCUCAAUAACAGACAUUUUGUAAAUGCCCUGCCUGGUGUUGAAAAAGAAAAAAAUGUCAGAGCAGAAGAUAUAUGUGCUUAUGACGACAUGACAGAUUCACGCUGCCGGAGGAUUAACUGCUUUGUAGCCGCACACACGGAACAGUUUAACGACGCUGAUAGACUGCACUCACUUCAAGUGUUCACAAGAGCGUCGGAUGAGAGAAUCGGCACGGAGAAGAGUGGCAGAUGCCGAAGAAUAGCAUUCAGACAUAUGUGCUCACAUGCGUUUCCACCAACAGGUCUAAUAGUUCGUCUAAUGCUUCUAAUGCUGUUCUGUUUCCUCAACUGAAUCCACGAAUCAAGAAUACAAUUCUCCCCACAGCGCGUCAACUGUGUGAAUACAAAACCCAAGAGUGCAAGAUACUUUCUAUUUGGAGUUUGUCAAACCUGUGAUCAAAAAUCCUCAAAAAAACAUGCAUAAUUGUUCACAGUUAUCUUAACUCAAUUCACAGGGUCAGUCAAAUAGUAUUUUUGAAAGGGCCACGUCGAAGCCUGUGCAGCUGCAGGGCCUUGCUGCUCCUUAUUGUAGCUGACUGACAGUUAUUAAUAUCCAGCUCUGUCACAGGCUUAAUUUACAAAUGAAAAGUGUCACGCUAAUGCCAAAAGAUUUUUAUGCUCGGUUAUCCCCUUGACAUUUUAUCUAUUUGGACAACAUAUUGGCCUCCCUGACAAUCUGUUGGCAGUUUUUUGGAAACCAGAGACAAAAUAUUUUGUCCCUCUUUGGAGCUGUCAACAUAAGGCAGGCGACGUAACACAUAUUAUGUUUGCUUAAUUUCCUCUCAUCCCUCAUCUCUGUUUCAUUGAUUUCCUCAAGUGAUGUUAUUUGUGUGGGAUUGAGGAUGUCAUCAACAGAGCUCUCUACAUUUACAAGACUUAUAAAAAAAAGCCCAAUAACCUAAAGGGUGAAAGAAGUCAGGAACGCUCCUUCAUUUUAUGUACUUACUGCUCUUCUCUCCGAACAACUGUGUGAUUCAUAUAUCGCUGUACUGUUUACUUAAAUGAUGAUAAAAUCCAAUAAAAUUGGGCCAGAUGUUUUUGCCCUUGGCAUAAUCUAA